AUGGCGUUCUCAGGAGCGAUGAGAAGGACAUGUCCCUUUGACUGCGUAAUGUCCGAUAGCAACGGCUCGAGGGAUUCGUACUUUAAGCCCAUGCAGUCUAUCACAAACGGAGAUGUCACGUUUCUUGCUUUGAUUUCAAAUUCCGGCUCAUCUCUGUUGAUGAAUGACAACGAGUCAUCGUGUAUGAACCAUGUUGGGGGCUUGUAUGUUUUCCAGAACACGUAA